CAUCUUUUAAGAAGCAGGCACUUGAUCUCAUCAACCACCUGUAUAGUUACUGUUCUGCGGGGUCCAAAUUGAGUAGUGUGAUUUACGACUGACCAUUAUCUGCACAAUGAUGUUCCCGAACAUGCAAGCUGUACUGGAAACAAUCCCUUCGCGUUAUCGAGGUCCUGGUGGAGCAGUCGCCAUCAUCAAGGAUGGCGAACUGGCCGGAAAGUAUACCUGGGGAUAUGCGGAUUUGCAGAAACGGAUCCCCAUGACUGCUUCAACACUGAUGCCAAUAUGCUCGAUUACGAAGCAGAUGUUGUGUUUGAUCCUCAAGGAUCUGGAGCGUAACCCCACACCAGCCAUGGUGGAGCGAGGCGAUAUACCUCAGCAACUGUCGGAUGCUUUUCGCCAAUUGGUCUCCCCCGAGCUCAUCGACAACAACGGUCUCCGAAUCGACCACCUCUGCAACAACCAAUCGGGAAUUCGAGACUAUUGGGCCAUGUCGGUGUUCUGGGGCACACAACCGGAAGGGCAAUUCACUCUCGCGGAAGACGCCAGGAAAGCGCUUGACCGGACCAAGUCCCUCCAUUUCCAACCAGGCACACAAUUCUCCUACUGUAACUUCAACUUUCAUAUCCUUGCUCGCAUUGUCGAGCACGUUAGUGGAACGUCUCUUGGAGAACUGCUCUCGGAACGACUCUUUUUGCCCGCUGGGAUGAAAACCGCAACCCUCUGCGCAGACAACGCUAAGUUGCCCCCGCCAUGUGUGGGGUACGAAGGCAACGAAUCUUUUGGCUACAUACCGGCCACCAACCGAACUCAAUGGUCCGGUGACGCCGGCGUUGUGGCCAGCCUGGAGGAUAUGAUCGCGUACGAAUGCUAUCUGGACAAGGCAUGGGCCGAUCGGGAGAGUGUGUAUCGAGAGAUCGCGAAAGAGCCGUUAUUCGAUGACGGUACACCAGCUGGGUAUGGAUAUGGCUUGGAACAUAUAAAGUUUGGGCAGACUACGACAAUCGGCCAUGGCGGGGCCAUUCGUGGAUAUCGCCUGCACCGGACCCAAGUACCAACAGAACGAGUUGCCGUUGUGGCUAUGCUGAAUCACGAAAUAGAUGCCGCAGAGGUAGCUGGACAUAUUCUUCAGCAAGCUCUUGGUCUCCCUGCACAGCAUGGGCUGCUUUCCAUGCCGGCCCCAAACUGGGCGGGAGUUUACUUUGACCCGGAGACACAACUGGUGGUUGAAGUUCGCCUAGGGGGACCAGGAGAAGUCAUCGUUACGUAUACAGGUGAUGAUGAGACACUGAAGCUCACUGAGGAAUUUGAGGCACGGUCGGACCUGGCAACUGCCACGCUUUGUUCCGAUAUCCUCAUACUCCACCGUAAUUACGACAACCGUCACAUCCAGGCUAAACGGAUUAUUGCUGGUCAACAGGCGCCCAAGGGCGACUAUGUCGGCCGAUACCACUGUGCGGAAAUGGACUCCAUAUUUUUUUGCAGCGGAGCCGGUGGUAUGCUGUACGGAUCGUUCAAGGGAUUCCUCGGCCACGGGCCGGCUGAGCUCAUGCGAUACCUGGGAGACGACAUCUGGUUUCUCGUAUGCGCACGAGGCCUAGAUGCGCCAGCACCGGGGAACUGGACAGUUGUAUUUCAACGGGACGUACAGGGCGAGGUGGUCGGUGUUACGUUCGGGUGUUGGUUGGCCAGAAAGAUUACCUUUGUGAAGGACAAAACCCCUUAAGAAAUUGGAUUAGAAUUUGGGAUGCAUAGCUUCAGGAGGGGACGAGGAACAGCGCGGUGAACAGUCCACAGACACUUGCAUUCUUGGAAUAUAGAUACCUCGGCGUAUCAUUAUCUUGGACGGGCUAUCACAGUCCAGACUGGACUGACGAAGAGCGCAACAAAGCUAGAACCAUUGACAUCAUACUACCGCUACCCUCACUCAAAGAGACAGUGCUACAGACAAAAGAUUCGAUCAUAUUAUGAAUCCCAGUGGAGUAAGAGACAAGCCA